AUGGUAGCCGACCACGAUGAUGAUCCGCUGCCCGUCACCACCCAACUGGCCAUCGAACUCAGCGUCGUAGUAGAAUUGGGAAACGUCGUCCAUGACAAGUUAGUUUGCGUUGUGCUCGAAGUGAUAUUCGUUCCCGUUUCAGAGGCAGAGCUUGUCCAACUAGAGAUAACCCCGGUAGAUGUGCUGUUAGAACUAGUCAUGGUUGAUAUCGAUGCGGUGCUCACGCCUGAUGAUACUGAACCACCGGUAGAAGGCAUCGCUGUUCCUAUACCCGAGCUUGGUUGCCAGCUUAUUGGCGUUGGGGCGCUUGAAGCAGAAACAGAAGCAGAUCCAAGGCUUGACGAAGGGAUACUUGUCUCCCUCCAUGAUGAAUCUCUGGAAGUAGUGACUGUUCCGGACUCUAAAUUAGAACUAGAUAUUACAGUCGAUGAACUGCCGGUAAUAGGCGAUGCCGUGUUCAUCGUAGUUGUGUUCCAAGGAGUACCUGGUGUCCCGCUGGAUGUUGCAGUCACGGUGCUUGAGUUCCAUAAGCUCGUUGAACUCACUGUGCCGCCGCUUGUCAGCGACAUAUCGCUGCUUGUGGCGCUUCCAUUAACUGAGCUAGAAAUCAUAGUUAUCGUGGAAGUUACAGUAGGCCUGUUUGUGUCCGUACUAGUCACGGUUCUGAAAGUCCACGAGUUUGAAGACGUAUCAGUCCCACUUGCUGGUUCUGUGCUCAUUGUAGUACUUCCGCUCGGACCUGGACGACCCCCUUGGGGCAUGGUAGUAGACAAGGUCUCUGUGGUUUCUGUACCGGCACUGCCUGACGAACCACCAGUACUAAAAGUACUCGCGGUGCUUGAGAUCAUAGGGACAGUGCUGCUACCAGUCGGAGUGGUUGAGUUAGACCAGGUAUCACUUCCACUGCUAGAUGCCCCAGUCAGCGUCGAUACUGCUGACCUGGUCUCACUUCCUAAAGACCACGAGAAAGUACUAGAUAUGAUGGAAGUUGAAGUGCCUGGUACCGUCCAGCUUAGGGCAGUCGAGGUCAUAAUCAUAUUAGACGAUCCAUCUGAAGAGGGACCACCCGAUCCGCUUAUGGUAGGUAUGCCAGAGCCUGACAGGCCCGACGAUACCACUGUAGAUGUAUUGCCACUAGUCACUGAAGGAGUUGCUGGAGUCGUACCCAGUGUCGUGGUUGAAUCUCUCCAUGAAGGCGUACCAGACGACAAAGAAACGUUUUGA